AUGGUAGCGCCACAGCCGCAAAAUUCGCAUGAUCGAGAACGCAAUGAUUCCAGUCAUAAAAGUUCAAACACCCAACAGCGACGACAAAGUAUGAGUGCGUUGGUACCCGCAUAUCAUAUCUCAUCAUAUGCUGAUAAUUGGCGAUUCCGAGAUCGUGAUAGCCCAUCAAAUGAUCAGCAAAUAAUUGUUGAAGAUCGUCGUACAAAAAAUAAUAACGAUAUGCGGGUGGCAGUCUUGGAGCAACGUGUACGAGAAUUAGAAGCUGCAGUCAUUCCAGGUCAAGCACCAUCAACAUCCUUAGCUUCUACUUCCUUUAUCAUUCCUGUCACAGGUUCCAAAAAUACAUCACGUAUUCUUCGUUCUGCUUCCGGUCAGUUUAUAGUUUCGGCUGCAACAACGCCAGUAACUCAACAACUUAUGGCUCAGGAAGUUGUCGAUAAAGAAAUUGAAGUGGAAAGGUUGCAAUCACAAUUACGCAAAUGUUAUUCACGAAUGGAAUUACGUCAAGUACAAUAUGACGAGGAAGUGAAUGCAUUUCGUCGUGAAUCUGAGGAAGCCAAAUUGCAAUUGACGAAAGUGAAAGCUCGAUUAAGUGUCUUGGAAAAGGAAUGUGUUGCAUAUCGUGAAAAAGCAAUGGCUGUUGAUGCUAAUCGUAAUAGUGCUGUUGCAUCAUCCUUAGAAAAGAUCACUGCCCAGGAGCGAGAAAUUGCGAUGUUGAGGAAUGAUUUGGAACGACAUGUGCAAAUGGUAAAAAAUUUGGAGCGAGUAAAAAACGAGUAUGAAUUUUUGGAAUUACAGAAUGAAGCAUUGAAUGCAAAACUUGAUUCCAAGGAAUCUAUCAUUCGAGAUCUCCAAGAUAAUAUUCACACAAUGAAAAUGGAUAUGUCUCGUAAAAUGGAAAGUGGUUCAGUGACACCCAAAGCGGAUGCUUUCUCGUUAUUCGAUGUCGAACCCACGAAAUUUGCCAAUAAUUCAAAAGAAUCAAAGAAAGGCGAUCGGUUCUCAUUUUCAUCAUCAUCAGUAGCAGCAGCGGUGGAGAACUUAGAAUCAUCAAAAAGAGUCGCGAAAUCGUCAUCUGUAAUAUUAUCUGAUUUGGACACUGAUGAUAAGUUGCAACUUUCUGCAUCAACAUCGAAAUUAAUCCGAAUGCAGCUAAAUAAAACUUUGGAAUGUCGAUUACUUGCUAAAUGUUUAAAAGACGUAGCUGCAAAAGCAAUUACCGGUGAUGCACCGAGUGUCAAUCGUUUGUUAGGAUGUCGAAGUGAUUCGAUGUCAGAAUCGGAAUCAGAACCGGUAAUGAAUGAUGCAAGUAUAAUGUCGUCAGGUUGUGCUGAACGACAUAUCAAGAAAAUUACGGAAGAUUUGGAACGAAUUGAGAAAGAUUUAAAUUCAUUACGUGAAAGUUUCGUGGAAUAUUAUCAGAAAAAAAUCGCGGAUGAGCUAAAAGAAGAUGAAUCAUGCCGUAUUCAAUAA